AUGUCAGAUACUGUUGACCAAGUUUCUGAUGGGAUGGCCAACAUUCAGCUGGGGGAGCGUUCAGUGAAGGACGACUUCCCCAAUCUGAGUCAGCACAACAACCACAUGGCCAAGUUGCUAACUAUGGACAUGUACAACAAGCUCAGGGAGAAGUGUACCCCCAACGGCUUCACAAUUGAUGAUGUCAUUCAGACUGGAGUGGAUAAUCCAGGUCACCCCUAUAUCAUGACGGUGGGCUGCGUGGCUGGAGACGAGGAGUCAUAUGAAGUUUUCAAAGACUUGAUGGACCUCGUGAUUCAAGAAAGACAUGGAGGUUACAGACCAUCGGAUGUCCACAAAACUGACCUUGAUCCAGAACAUCUGAAGGGAGGAGACGACCUCGACGCCAACUAUGUUCUGAGCACCCGUGUGCGAACAGGCCGAAGCAUUCGUGGUUAUUGCCUGCCGCCGCAUUGUAGCCGUGGCGAGAGACGUGCUGUGGAGAGGAUCUCUGUUCAAGCCCUGGAUUCCUUAUCUGGAGAAUUGCAAGGGAAAUACUACCCCUUGAAGAAAAUGACAGAAGAAGAGCAGCAGCAGCUGAUUGACGACCACAUGCUGUUUGAUAAGCCAGUGUCUCCUCUACUACUGGCUUCAGGGAUGGCCCGUGACUGGCCCGAUGCUAGAGGCAUCUGGCACAAUGUUGAGAAGACCUUCCUGGUUUGGGUAAAUGAGGAGGACCAUCUGCGCGUGAUAUCCAUGCAGAAAGGCGCUAACAUGAAAGAAGUGUUCACUCGGUUCUGCAAUGGACUCAAAGAGCUGGAGGGCUUGUUCAAAGAAAAAGGGGAAGAAUUCAUGUGGAAUGAGCACCUUGGCUAUAUUCUGACUUGCCCGUCCAACCUUGGCACCGGUCUGCGCGCUGGUGUACAUGUAAAGCUUCCAAAUCUGAGCAAACAUGCAGAUUUUAAGGAGAUUCUUAGGCGGCUGAGACUUCAGAAACGUGGAACCGGUGGUGUGGACACAGAUGCCGUGGAUGGAGUCUUUGACAUCUCGAAUGCUGACAGGCUGGGCUUCUCUGAAGUGGAGCUGGUGCAGAUGGUGGUUGAUGGUGUCAAGGUUCUGGUAGAGAUGGAGAAGAGGCUGGAGAUACAAGAGCCGAUUGACACCCUGAUGCCCACUGAAAAGAGGUAG